GUCCAUCCUUUUCCCUCUCCACCCUUCCUUCAGGGAGGAGAUUGUAUUAGCUGCGACUUGUCUGGGGAAACUAACGAACAAAAUCUAUCAACUGGAGCAAAGCUGCAGCUCAGUCGGUGCCAGGGAGAUGCCUGUAGCUGAGGGGUGCCCCUGGCAUAGUGCAGUAGCAUGGCUGGAGAGGCAUAGUGGUUCCAGCUCCCGGUUAGAUGUGACCGCAGUGGGAUGCAGCAAGCCUUCCUCAUUGGCUGACCGUCCGCACAUUGGAGGUAUCUGGUCAUGGAGUGAGAUACACAGCUGGUAGCAGAAUGAGACUGAGCAGCUUCUCUUGUCUAUCUCUGCUUGUUCUCUGGGGCUGGGUUUUCAGUGAGCCCGGCCAUCUCCUCCUGAAACAAUCUCACCACAUAGCUUUAAGCAAAUCUUCCGUCUAUGUGGACUUCAGCGUACAAGACAAUUACAGCUUGUCAAAAAAUGCUUCAGUAAAUCUUCUGGAAGUAAAGAGCAACCAAAUAAUUACCAGGAAAGAGCUCCCAGCCAACCAUUCGCAGGGUGAACUGGAAUUUGAGUGUAUCUAUUUCAUAUCAGCCGGACUCUAUCGGUUUCAACUCAGCCUUGAGACAGAAAAUGAUAGCUCCAUUUCCUUUAUGAGCAGCCUCCUCAAUGUCACCUGGCCAAUUUUUCACAUUGACCUGAACAGGACAACAAAAGAUACGCUGAGAUCUUUCCACGUUGGGGUCUUCACCAAUGAACGGUUAUGUUCUGGAUUUCCUGAUCGCGAACCCAAACUUCUACUGGAGGUGGAGCACACACAUAGCUUUCAGGAGGUGGAGGAGCCAAGUGAUAGAUUUAUGCUGUAUAAGACGUACAAGGAGGUGCCGCUGUCCUCUUCUCAGUGGGUAGAGUUUGAAUGUGCGUCUGUGCGACCUGAAGCUUUCAUUACAGUGUCCCUUAAACCCACGCUUUCCGAAUCGGUCAUCGCUCAUAUGGGGCCUGUUGACCUUGUCAAGACCUUCAAGUAUAAGCUAGUCACCGUGAUGGGAAAAAAAUGUGAUACCUCAAUGGCUAUUUCCAUUAUAGCGCCUCCAUGUAAUUAUGCUGAAGGGAAAAUAACUGUGUACAAAGAGUCGCCCAGGAGCCCGGGUGAAGAUGUCACUACGCUAGCAGAAAUUGCUCUACAGAAAGGGGAGAAGAGCUGUCACUUCAACUGCACGUUAUUUGAGAUUGGGAAAAAUAAGUAUUGCUUUGAGUUUUUUAAGUCUUCAAGUGGCACUUUGAGCAACUCCUUGCCACGUGCCAAGCAGUGUGUGGAGAUUCGGAGAGAAAUAGAAACGUGGAGCCUGUGGCAGCCAUGGAGCUCCUGCAGCGUCACUUGUGGUGAUGGCCACAGAGAACGGUACAGAAGUUGCCUUUCAUCAUCACCCGUAAAUGCUCAAUGCAAUGGGAACAUGAAGGAGACAUCCCUCUGCUCUCUGGAGGACUGCCUGACUGUGAAACCUUCAAGUAAAUCUACCACAAAUACAAAAGACGACUCCAAAACUAGCAAUACAGUUACUUUCACUGGUAUUUCGCUAUGUCUUUUUAUCAUUUUCAUCACCAUUGUAAUUACCGUCUGGAGGAGGUUCUCUAAGGCGGGCAAGUGCAGUAUGGUGACCAGACACAACUCUUCUCAUUCAGUCAGCUGUCGUAAAAACUCUGAUGAGGAGAACAUCUAUCAAGUGAGGGAGAGCUUCUCAGAUGCAGGAGAUGGUCAACAGGAAAGCAUGGAAGAAGAAGUUCAUAUACCUUUAAACUACAGGCAAAGCACACGUGUGACUGAGGAACAAACUACGGCAGAGAAUGACUGUGCACAAGCAAAUAGUCAGAAGUUAAUACCACCCAUCUUCAGUUAUCGUCUUGCUCAACAACAGCUAAAAGAGAUGAAACAAAAAGGUCUCACAGAGACCACUAAAGUGUAUCAUGUCUCUCAGAACCCAUUGGCAGAUACUGCAGUAGAUAUUUCACUGGCCCCUCCUUUGGUGCCGGAAAACUUAGAAGAAUCUGCUGCAAAUAAGUUUAGGAUACAGUCUCCAUUCUUAGAAACAAAGAACAGCCAUAUCCAAAAUGCCAGUGAGAGGCCUAGUUCAAGGUUUCCACCAACACAUGGUCAAACACUACCUAAAAUAUCCCCUGUUAGGACCAGUGAUGCUAAAGGAAGGUAUGACAGAGGCUAUCAAAAAAGUAACUUUAGAAGAACCUCUAGUUUCCAUGAAACUAAACAUAUUAAACCCUACAGAGAAAGAAGUUUGACAUCAAUAUCUCCAAGACAUACAAUGGUUUAUAACUCAAGGACCAAGAUGUGGGAAUAUUCCACAGUAGAGAGACCUAAAAAUAAACCUAUAAGACUAGAGAAAAGCCCAGAAAAUCUUACAAGAGGCGUCUCCUUCCCUCUUGAUGCCAUCAGGCAUUCACCAAAAAGUCAUUAUCUACAGCAAGGGGAGAGUAAACCUGAUUUAAUAAGUAGCAGGUAUAUAGCUGGUAAAUUGAAAUCAGAGAGAACAGAACAAAACCGAAUGCGAAAAGGUCCUUCACCAUUGGAGAAGUCUUGGAACCAGGCUCAGGAAUGCUCACAUUCCCCUAAAGAUAACUACCAACGGAAGAGUGCUCACAGUCCAUCACAUUACCGGAGAGAGAAAUGUCAGAGUUUCCCAUGGGGUGCUGAAUAUUCCUUCUAUGAUAAUUCCACCUUUAGACUCACAGAUGCUGAGCAACAGAUGCUUGACUUACCUGGGUAUUUUGCCUCUAAUGAAGAGGAUGAGACAAGUACUCUAAGUAUUGAAAGACUGGUCCUCUGAUUAUGCAAUCAUGGGCUAGACAGUUUAUUUCUUUGUAUAUUUUGCACAUUGACAGACAGGGUUGUUAUAUGUCACAUUGUACUGUGGUGACCACAACAAGAAUACGAAUACAACACAUUCAAACAUAACAAUGGUGUAUGCACUCAUUAAAAAAAGUAUUUCUCUACAAAGGAAAAGCAAAUGCAGACCACAUGCUAUACCUCAUUGUCUUAAAGGAACCUAGCAGUGAAUGGUAAAAGUAAAUAGAAGAACACUUGCCCACGUUUGUCGGUCUAUAGGAUUUUCUGCAGGCCCCUGGGAAAAAAGUAUUGUAGAAAUAUUUCACAUCAUUUCCUCCUGUCCCCUUCCAUUUUCAUGAAAUGAAUGGUUGGUGCUUAGAUAAGGGGACAGCCAUACAGGGCUUAGCAUGCACAGUCUACUAUAGCAGACAAAGCAAUGGGGAAGGGCUCAUGCUGCAACCAGUUGUCUUACAGUCAGAAACAGCGGGAGAAAAUACAAACUCCAAGCAAAAGUUUUCCCUGGUUAGAUUCAAACCCAGGAUCCAGCGCUAUAAGUCACCAGGGCUACCACUGAGCCACCAUGCUGCCUAAUCAAAAACAAAUCUGGCUAACAAGUUAUCUAAACAAGCUCUUAAAAUGCAAAAUAAUCUUCGGGCAUGUUAUAGAGCAUGAGAGGCUGAGCAGA